UGGAGCCAACAAGUUUACCUUGGAGACUCUGUGAACGCGACAUAAGAUUGUGGCCGUUUCAACACAUCCGAAAAUGGAACAUAUUUAACGUGAAACAUUGCAAAAGUUCUUACUUGUUAUCGAUGUGUUUAGGUUUAGUUGUUCUAUCGAGGAUCGUUGCCACAUCCAAACUUCAACCGAAACGAAAAUGCUGCAAUUGAAAAUGAAACGAAAGAGUCAGGACAACAAUUGUUAACGAACGUGAUUCGUGAGCGCUACGAACCGAUGGACGAAUACUUGCGUGAUAACGUUACGCCAACAAACCCACCAUUUAAAACGGUAGUACUUUGGAACAGCACUGGUUUUCAGGAGCUUGGAAUCUCCAUGUGUAACAUCACCAAAGAUCGUUUGAUAUUAAAAUGGAUCUUGAUCAUCCUGUCAACGAAAACACUUACAAUUUAAACAGCUUUCAUUCGCACACAGAACUCAGAAACUGACGAUCUCAGGUGAAGGGAAUUCCGCACUUGGUUUUCAAACAAUCUAUCCCAUUAUAUCAGUCCAAUCCCGCAGAAACGGAAUAAAAUAGCAGCCCAGAAGCAAAAUCAAAAUUUUUACUUCCCCUUUUAAAAAAUUGUUUGAUUAGUUGCCCCGUGGUUGAUCUUGACUUCAAUAACAAAUAUUGCUGCUGGGCGCAUCCAGCUAGAAAAGGGAGACUAGCUAACAAAAAAAAAAAAAAAAAGAAAGUGUAAGAAGGAAAAAUUGCCUCGAUAAACAAGUUUCUCAAGGUUGCUACGGAAAACUGUUUUGCCUAAAGAAGACUAGCCGGACAACAGACGUUUCAACCCCGAACAUCGUACCUGACGUUCGGUGUUGCAGAGCAGCGAUGGUGGCAACAACUUUUCCUUGGCGACUGUGUGAACGUGGCAUAAAACUGUGCCCGUUUCAGCACAUCCAGAGAUGGAACACAUUUCACGUUAAACGUUACAAAAGCUUUUACUUGCUAUUGAUGUGUUUAGGUCUAGUGAUUUGGUUGUUCUAUCCAGGAACGUUCCUACAUCCAACCUUCAAUCAAAACGAAAAUGCUGUAAGUGAAAACGAAACGGCAGCGUCAGUGCAACAAUUGUUGUUAACGAACGUGAUUCGUGAGCGUUACGAACUGAUGGACGAAUAUUUGCGUGAGAGCGUUAAACCACCGAAUCCAGAUUUUAAAAGGAUAUUACUCUGGAACAGUGCUGGUUUUUCGCCUGGCAAUGAUUUCCGUAUUGGACCUGGUCGUGAUAAAUUACGCAACACAGGAUGUCCUGUGUGGCAAUGCGAGCUGACCACCAAUCGCACUCACGUCCAGCUCGCAGACGCUGUCAUCUUCCACCUGGGCAACUGGAGUAAAAAAGAUUUGCCGGCGCAAAGAUCAUCGCAUCAAUUCUACAUUUUCUGGAGCAGAGAAUCACCUGCGUGGCGUGAUGUUCACUCGUCGAACACGGACCCAAUGGCGCAUUUCUUCAACUGGACGAUGACUUUUCGAUGGGAUUCAGACGUCGUGAUGCCGUACGGUUACGUUCAACCCACUGGACGCGUUCCACUUCAUCCCAGUGACGCUCAGCUGAAGCUUCAUUUAUCCAAUCCAACAGGGUCGGUUAAUUAUGGAGAGGGCAAAACAAAAAUGGCCGCUUGGUUCGCCUCAAACUGUUACGCGAAAAGCAGCAGAAACGAGCUGGUCAAAGGGCUUCAAAAGUACAUCGACGUCGACGUGUACGGCAAGUGUGGCAACCUUUCCUGCCCACAGAGGAACGCACAACAGUGUUUAGACAUGGUAGCGAAAAAUUACAAGUUUUACAUGUCACUGGAGAAUUCGUUGUGUCUCGACUACGUCACUGAAAAGCUCUUCAACAUUAUGCAGCUGCCAGUCAUCCCCGUCGUUUACAGUCUUCACGGCAAUCACGAGAAAAUCGCUCCAAGGCAUUCGUUUAUCAACGCGGCUAAAUUUGAAAAUACGAAACAACUGGCUGACUAUCUGAUGUUGCUCGAUAAAAACGACACGUUGUACAAUCAAUACUUUUGGUGGAAGCCACACUUUAUCGUACGUAAUAGCGCAGACGAUCAAAAUUUGGGUUACUGUCACCUGUGUGCUGCGCUGCACAAGAAGACGCUGAUCCCACCAAAAGUCUAUCACAACUUGACCGAAUGGUGGGACACGAAAGGAAAAUGCGUCACUUCACCGCGGAUUGUUUAACAGAAUAAAAUCUACCAUGUUACCUCCUAGCAUUUUCCACUUCAUUCAAGUCAUCAGGUGCGAUGAGCUUCACGAGAAAAAUUCCUUUUGUUGUGCACCAUCGA